AUCCACAACGAGGACUCCGUGGGAUUUGAAAACAUUGGAAAUCGGAACACUAUUUUUUUCCCAUAGAAGUUGAAAGUUCAAAAUAUCUGUUGAAAUUCUCAACUACCAGUUUCCCUCCCUUCAAACUCUUCACCGACACGUAACUCGGUUAGAAAUAGAAAUUCAUGAUGCUCAAAUUCAAAGAGGCACUUUUGAGUAAAGAUAUAAACUUAGCUUGAAGUUCAGCACUAAGAGGUAUUAAGAAUGGCAGCAGCCACACCUUUGAGGAGGGUAUUGUCAUGCGUCAUCCUAGAUUUGGAUGGUACUCUUCUUAACACAGAUGGCCUUGUUGGUGAUGUUUUAAAAAUGCUUCUUGUGAAGUAUGGAAAACAGUGGGAUGCAAAAGUGGCCCACCGGAUUGUAGGGAAGACCCCUAUUGAAGCUGCCACCGCUGUAAAAGAGGAUUAUGAGCUCACAUGCACGGCUGAUGAGUUCAUGUCAGAAAUUACCCCAAUGCUUUCUGAACGGUGGUGCAAUAUUAGAGCUCUUCCUGGUGCCAACCGAUUAAUUAAACAUUUGAAGGGACAUGGUGUACCCAUGGCAUUGGUUUCAAAUUCUCCUAGGGAAAGCAUAGAAACUAAAUUGUCCUAUCACGAAGGCUGGAAAGAAUCCUUCUCUGCUAUUAUUGGUGCUGACGAAGUGAGAAUGCGGAAGCCAUCUCCUGAAAUAUUCCUUGAGGCGGCUAAGUUAUUGAAUGCUGAGCCUUCCAGUUGCCUUGUCAUUGAUGAUUCACUACCUGACGUUGGAGGUGCUAAGGCUGCUGGAAUGGAAGUAGCUGCUGUACCAUCACUUCCGAAAAGUUCUCAUCUUUAUACUUCAGCUGAUGAGAUGAUCAAUUCUCUGCUCGACCUGCGUCCAGAAAUCUGGGGCUUGCCCCCAUUUCAAGACUGGAUCAACGGUACUUUACCUAUUGAACCAUGGUACAUAGGAGGCCCUGUCAUUAAAGGCUAUGGGCGUGGCUCAAAGGUACUUGGAAUUCCUACAGCAAAUUUAUCAACAGAGGGCUGGUCAGAUAUCCUCUCUUACCACCCGUCUGGGGUAUACUUUGGUUGGGCUGGAUUAUCAACUCGAGGUAUCUAUAAGAUGGUCAUGAGUAUUGGUUGGAACCCGUACUUCAAUAACACUGAAAAGACUAUUGAACCCUGGCUGCUUCAUGAUUUCAAUGAGGAUUUCUAUGGGGAAGAACUACGUCUUGCCAUUGUUGGCUAUAUACGACCAGAGGCCAAUUUUUCUUCCCUAGAGAGCUUGAUAUCAAAGAUUCAUGAGGAUGGAAAAAUAUCUAAGGAAGCUCUCGAUCUUCCCCCAUAUGCAGCCUACAAGGACGUCCCGUAUGUGAAAAAACCCCUUAACAGCUGAAUGAGCAAUUCAUCCAUGAGAGGAAACCAUUCCCAUUUUUAAGAGAAACGAAGAAAAAGAUGUGCAGGUGUAUUUUGGUACUUAAAAGAAAAUAAAUGUUUCUGCCAUUUCCCUUGUUACUAUUACAGUAUUACCAUACACUGGUGAUUGAAUGAGGUACGUCUUAUUUUUUACAUGACCCAAUUAAACAAGAUAUUUCGGGGAGGUCAUGCUGAAAUUAUUGGUCUUGUAACUGACUAACUGGUAUCAAAAUUUUUGUAAGAGUUUCCUUCCAUCAAUCACCUUUUUUU